CCUUUCCUGGAUUUCGCAGAUCACAGAUUAGCGCCCAUACUUAUUCACCGUACGACACCGAUGACUGUCCUUCUGUCCUGCCGCCAUCGCGUUACGUCUUUAUCUGGAUUUACUAGAUGGAGGACGGAGAGAUUCAGGCUGAGGAUUCGUACGACCCAAAGUACGAAUGGCCUGGCUCAGAUAAUCCUGCCAUAUAUGACUUUGACAAUUAUGGCGUCCUCACACCCACAGAACCCCGCGUCGAUGAACCAGCUACCUCUGACACAGGAUCGUCGUCCUUGGCUUCUUUGCGCUUGUUGGUCCGCACAAGUUCCAUACUUCCUAGUGAAAAGACGCUUGCUAUCAUUGACGGCUUCCACGAGGUCCAGAUUGGUCGAGAUGUUGCACCUCCCGCCAGUGAAACACCACGGAUUCGGUUGAAGGAGAUGGAGGUUUCCAAGAUUCAUGCAACCAUUUACUGGGAUGGCGGGAGAAAGGAGUGGUCUGUCGUUGACAUGGGUUCGAAACAUGGCACAUUCUUGCAGUCAUUUGCAUCCACUUCUGCUGCGAGAGCUAUUCGCCUCUCUUCCCCUCGAGUUGCUAGCAUUCCGCGCCGUUUGCGUCACGGAGACCAAUUAACUGUAGGGGGCACGACAUUCAUCGUACAUAUUCACGAGAAUCGUAUGCCUUGUGUCGAUUGCUCAGCAGCAGGUGGAGAUGAGAUAGAACUGUUUGACAAUCGACGAAGGCAACGAGAAAGGGAAUCUGCUCAGAAGCGUAAACAUGAAGCUAUGGAGUCGCCUUCCACUGCGCCAGUCCCGACAGAAAGGGAUCCUAAGAGGGCUAUCACCAUGUUGAAACGUAGUUUGCUCUCAAGACAUGAUCCAUCUUCGCCAGCUUCAUCGUCAGGAUCGCCAAAUGCGUAUCUCGACCGUAGUGCACGCCGUCGUGCAUUUCAUCCUGACACGACCCCUACCCCUUCCAGGAAUUCAACGCCCUUCAUAGAUACGAGGUUGCCCAUACAGUCAUUACCAGCGACGCCGGAACCUGUAUCCGCGCCUGCUGUGCCACUUCCAAGUAGUAAUGUUGGUCACCGACUGCUUAUGAAGCAAGGCUGGCAACCUGGAACUGCUCUUGGUACACCAGAUGAUUCCCCAGAUGGGACAAUUGCAUUGACGGAACCUCUUGAUUUGGCCGGCAAUAUUCGUCGUACCGGUCUGGGAAGCAGUAAACCGCUCGCACCACAGGAUUCUCGCGGACCCGAAGACUGGAGAGCGGUGGGAAGGAUGCGCAGAUGGGCUACCAUGCACUCUACGGAUCGCUCUGUGACAUAGCUCGUCGGCAAGUCGAUUUCGUCACGGUGCGGGCGCACAGACGCUGCAGUCGAUUGUUACAAGUGUUGAAGGACUAGUCUUCCUCGCCCGGACAGUUCCAUCCACUACAACUCUCCUCAGUGAAGAGGGCUUGAUCCUUGUGCGACGACGGCCGUCCUUACCGGUCGUUCAGUCUGGAGUCCGGGCAGCCAAUUUCCAACAUCGAAUUGGGAUUUCAUAUCAGAUGCAUGCAGAAGAAUAUUCGGAAGACGUCAAAUGCACAUCUUCUGCAUGUAGGUUUGAACUCCGGUAGCCCCCACAGAUUCUCCGUUGUCAGAUGAGGUCUGUCGCUGCCCUUCUAUGUGUAUGGCUGUAUUCACUCAGCAGAAUUUGGCGUUGUCCAACAUAGCGAUCGAGAAGGGGGAGGUAUACUUUCAUAAUGAUACCCUAAAGCUUGGGUUGGAAAAUAUGACCAUCAGUUC